AUGCCGCUGUUCAACCGAAACAACACUACCCCCGCGGGGGAUGAUGUCGAAGCGAAUAACUCGACCGGGGAUCAUUCGGGUAGCACCGUCGCCGAGGAUACCGAUCACCUUGGCGAAUAUGUUGCCCUAGACCGGUACAUCAGUACCUAUCGCGACGAGAAGUCGCGAAAGGAAGAUGAUGGGGAUGCCGAAGGCAAGCAUCAUUCCAAGAGGCGGUGGUGGCAGUUCUGGACGAGCGCUGGACAGCCCACAGAUCAAAGCGGUAGACCCGACAAGACUAUUCCCGAGUCUUGGCUUGAGACGGACAUUCGCAUAGGCCUCAGCUCGUCCGACGUGGAAGAGCGAAGGAAGCGUUCGGGCUGGAACGAGCUGACCGCGGAGAAGGAGAAUCUGUUUGCCAAAUUCUUGGGGUUCUUCACCGGCCCUAUUUUGUAUGUCAUGGAAAUCGCUGCACUUCUCGCUGUCGGGUUGGGAGAUUGGAUCGACUUCGGUGUCAUCUUGGGCAUCCUACUUCUCAACGCGUUUGUGGGCUUUUAUCAAGAAAAGCAAGCUGCCGAUGUCGUUGCUAGUCUUAAGGGAGACAUUGCGAUGCGUUGCACGGUGGUGCGAGAUGGACGCGAACACAACAUCCUGGCAAGAGAGCUCGUUCCUGGAGACAUCGUCAUCAUCCAAGAAGGAGAUACGGUGCCUGCUGAUGCCCGCCUUAUCUGUGACUACAAACGCCGGGAGGACUUUGAGGUAUACAAGCGGCUACGCGCUGAGGAUAGGCUCGGGGAGAAUAGCCAAGAUGAAGACGACAUGGAGGGCGAUGAACACCAUGGUCACGCGGAACCCGUCAUGGACUACCGAACCAGUUCCAUCCUUGCCGUUGACCAAUCUGCCAUCACCGGCGAGUCGCUCGCCGUAGACAAGUACCUUGGCGAUAUCGUCUACUACACCACAGGAUGUAAGCGGGGCAAGUCGUUCGCCAUCGCCACCGCGACCGGAACAGACACUUUUGUUGGCCGCACGGCAGAGCUCGUCCAGGGCGCCCAGGACCAGGGUCACUUCAAGGCGGUCAUGAACAACAUCGGCAUGUCGUUGCUGAUCUUGGUCAUGUUCUGGAUCCUGGCCGCCUGGAUUGGCGGGUUCUACCACCACAUCCCCAUUGCUGAGCCAGGGUCGCAGAACCUGCUGCACUACGCCCUUGUCCUUCUCAUCAUCGGAGUGCCAGUCGGUCUCCCCGUUGUCACCACCACUACCCUCGCUGUUGGCGCCGCCUACCUCGCCAAGCAGAAGGCCAUUGUGCAAAAGCUCACCGCGAUCGAGUCGCUUGCCGGCGUCGAUAUCUUGUGUUCUGAUAAGACAGGAACGUUGACAGCCAACAAGCUCUCCAUCCGUGAGCCAUUUGUGUCCGAGGGUCAAGAUGUAGAUUGGAUGAUGGCAGUCGCUGCCUUGGCUUCCUCGCACAACGUCAAGUCGCUGGAUCCUAUCGACAAGGUCACCAUCCUCACGCUAAAGCGGUAUCCAGGGGCUCGUGAAAUCCUGCAGAAAGGUUGGGUCACUGAGAAAUUCACCCCCUUCGACCCGGUCUCCAAGCGCAUCACCGCUGAGUGCCGCCUGGGUGAGGACCGCUACAUCUGUGCCAAGGGAGCGCCGCGGGCCAUCUUGAAGCUCUCCGAUUGCUCAGAGGAGAUCGGAAACCUGUACAGAGAAAAGGCUCAAGAGUUUGCCCGCCGUGGCUUCCGGUCUUUGGGUGUCGCGUACAAGAAGAACGACGGCGACUGGAUCUUGCUCGGCCUGCUCUCCAUGUUCGACCCUCCGCGUGAGGACACGGCGCAGACCAUCAUCGAGGCGGCGUCCCUAGGUGUGCCGGUUAAGAUGCUUACCGGAGACGCCAUCGCCAUCGCCAAGGAGACCUGCAAGAUGCUGUCCCUCGGCACCAAGGUGUACAAUUCGGAGAGGCUGAUUCACGGCGGCCUGGCCGGAACCGUGCAGCACGACUUUGUGGAGCGCGCCGACGGCUUUGCUGAGGUGUUUCCCGAGCACAAGUACACCGUCGUCGAGAUGCUGCAGCAGCGCGGCCACCUCAUCGCCAUGACGGGCGACGGUGUCAACGACGCCCCCUCGCUCAAGAAGGCCGACUGUGGUAUCGCCGUCGAGGGCUCCUCCGAAGCCGCGCAGGCUGCUGCGGACAUUGUCUUCCUUGCGCCCGGGCUGAGCACCAUCGUCCUUGCCAUCAAGACCUCGCGGCAGAUCUUCCAGCGCAUGAAGGCCUACAUCCAAUACCGUAUCGCCCUCUGCCUGCACCUCGAGAUCUACCUGACGCUGUCCAUGAUCAUCAUCAACGAGACUGUCACCACAGAUUUGAUCGUCUUCCUUGCCCUGUUUGCUGAUCUGGCCACGGUGGCCGUCGCCUACGACAACGCCCACUGGGAGCCCCGGCCCGUCGAGUGGCAGCUGCCCAAGAUCUGGGUGGUGAGCAUCGUCCUGGGAAUCCUCCUCGCUGCGGGCACGUGGAUCAUGCGCGGCACCAUGUUUCUUACCGACGGUGGUAUCGUGGCGAACUUUGGCUCUGUCCAAGAAGUCCUGUUCCUCGAGAUCGCUCUCACGGAGAACUGGCUCAUCUUCGUGACGCGUGGCGGCAAGACAUGGCCCUCUUGGCAGCUUGUCGGAGCUAUCCUUGGCGUGGAUGUGCUUGCCACCCUCUUCUGCCUCUUCGGCUGGCUGUCCGGGGCUCCGGAAAUUGACUCUCUUGGAGACUCAUGGCCGCAGCGCGGGGAUGGAUGGACCGAUAUCGUCACGGUUGUGAUCAUCUGGCUCUACUCUUUCGGCGUCACCGUGUUCAUUGCCAUCAUCUAUUACAUCCUCAACAAGGUGUCCUGGCUGAACGACCUCGGCCGGAAGGAUCGUAAGAAGAAGGACACCAUUAUUGAGAAUGUCAUUGGUCAACUGCAAAAGAUUGCUGUCGAGCAUGACAUUGACGAGGCCACGGGCAAGGACAGAUAUGUCUUGGCCGAGAAGGUGGCGGACGAGGAGGACAUCUAG